GACAGAGAGAUCUCAAACCAAACAAAACAACACUUAGAUCGUACAAUUGUCUGAAAAUUUUAUAAAAUAAAUUUUGUUUUGUGUGAAAUGGCACUAGCAAUCAACGUUUCUUCAUCUUCUUCUUCGAUCUCAACCUCUAGCUUCCCUUCUUCAGACCUGAAAGCUCCACAAAUCGGUUCGUUGAGGUUAUCGGAUCGAAUUAAUGUCUCAUCUGCGUCUCUGAGUCUAUCCGGGAAACGAUCCUCGGUGAAAGCUCUGAACGUACAGUCAAUCACAAAGGAAUCCAUGGUUCCUCCUCAAGCAGCAUCCAUGGUUGCUUCUGAGAUUAGAGAGAAAGUAGAUGUGAUCGAAGUGGAAGACUUUGAGGAGCUAGCAAAGAAGCUAGAGACUGCUUCUCCUCUUGAAAUCAUGGACAAGGCUCUCGAAAAUUUCGGAAACGACAUUGCAAUUGCGUUUAGUGGAGCUGAAGACGUUGCUCUCAUUGAGUAUGCUCAUUUAACAGGAAGACCUUACAGGGUAUUCAGCUUAGACACAGGGAGAUUGAAUCCAGAAACAUACAGACUCUUCGACACCGUGGAGAAACACUACGGUAUUCGAAUCGAGUACAUGUUUCCUGACGCUGUUGAGGUCCAAGCUUUGGUUAGAAGCAAAGGUCUGUUCUCUUUCUACGAAGACGGUCACCAAGAGUGUUGCCGUAUCCGAAAAGUGAGACCGUUGAGACGUGCUUUAAAAGGUUUACGCGCUUGGAUCACGGGACAAAGAAAAGAUCAAUCACCAGGGACAAGAUCAGAGAUCCCUGUGGUUCAGGUUGAUCCAGUUUUCGAAGGACUAGACGGUGGAGCUGGUAGCUUGGUGAAGUGGAACCCCGUUGCGAACGUUGAAGGGAACGAUGUUUGGAGCUUUUUGAGGACUAUGGAUGUUCCCGUCAACACGCUGCACGCUGCGGGGUAUGUUUCCAUAGGGUGCGAGCCGUGCACGAGAGCGGUUUUGCCAGGUCAGCACGAGAGAGAAGGGAGGUGGUGGUGGGAAGACGCUAAGGCGAAAGAGUGUGGGCUUCACAAAGGGAACAUCAAAGAGAGUAGCAACGGAAACAACGCAGCGGUUAAUGGCAAUGGGACAACGUCAACGGUCGAUGAUAUUUUCAAAAGCGAGAACGUUGUGAGCUUGAGCAGGCAAGGGAUUGAGAAUCUGAUGAAGCUUGAGAACAGGAAGGAGGCGUGGAUCGUUGUGCUUUACGCGCCUUGGUGCCCGUUUUGCCAAGCGAUGGAGGCUUCGUUUGAUGAGUUGGCGGAUAAGUUGAGGGGAGGAGAUGGCGUGAAGGUGGCUAAGUUUAGAGCUGAUGGUGACCAGAAGGAGUUUGCUAAGAGUGAGUUGCAGCUAGGGAGCUUUCCGACGAUACUUGUGUUCCCGAAGAACUCUUCAAGACCUAUCAAGUAUCCAUCUGAGAAGAGGGAUGUUGAUUCUUUGACAUCUUUCUUGAAUCUUGUUAGGUAAAAACUGCUAAAAAUCCGUCGACUUUUCGAUGUGAAAGAGAUGAGUUAAAGAACCAUUCAGUCUUGUUCCAGAAUGCUAGAACAGAUGAAGAUCAUGAGAUCGUCUACUGAAUGUAUAGUUGUGGUUAAAAUGUUUGCUUUUGUGCUUAUAUUUUGUUUACCAAACUUUUCAUUUUGUACUAUGUUUGCUUAUAUGAUUAUGUAAACAAGUUUUCCAACAUGACUUUUAAUAUUGGAGUACAAAAGAAUGU